AUGUUUGCAAAAUUUGUACUUCCUGUUUUGGUGGUAGCAUCCUGCACCACCGGUUCUCUUGCAAGUAGUCCACCGGAUUGGCAGUCCUUUUUGGCUCAACAACAGUUGGUUAUGCGCCAUAUGGUGAACUCAAUGAGUGAGACGCGCAGCGCAAGGUCAAUCUCCGUGAAUUACACUCUCUGCUUCAAUUGGUAUGGCAGCGACCAGUCUAAUAUCUUUAAAACCUACAACGUGGAAUACGACAACUGCGAAUAUGAGGCCACUAAAUCGAAGCAAACGUUGUCGGAGCAAAACGCCAAAGAGCGCGAUGAUCUUGUGAAUCGUGGUCAAAGCAUGUGUGACACGCUUAGCGCUUGUGAGCAGAUUGACGAUGGCUUGAAAUUCUACUCUUGCUACAAUAAUGCGUCCAGCAAUAACACUCAAGAACUGUUUGAAAUUUCUGCCGAUUCGGAGGCGGUUCUACGUGUUUUGAAUAUUGAAUAUCAACGUGUAGAAAAUGAUUUAACUAAUUGCACUGCUGUUGCCCGAGUUGCUUACAUCUCCAACUUAUCUGCCAGCUCAAAUAAUCUAGAAAAAUGUUUGCAAGGCAACUGGGUGCCAACAACUGAAGAGUCAUCAACAGGGGCGCCAUCAACUACGACAACCGAAGCUGCAGAAACAACUGUUAAUCCAGUAACUGAGAAUUUUCCAGAAGAGGAUGUUUAUCGCCGUAAACGUAAUAUUAUGGGACGUCAAUAG